ACAACUACGCCAGAGAUGGACUCUGAAUAUCUUUACCCUAUGAUGACUGGGACCAGCUAUGCUUAUGAUUACAGCCUUCCCACCGAGAGUCCUGAGGAAAGCUGCCAGGCUGAGCCUGUGCUAUAUGCGAACAUUUUCCUUCCUCUGCUAUAUGCCAUCGUCUUUGUUGUGGGAAUUAUUGGCAAUUCCAUCCUGAUAGCAGCCCUCUUCAGACGAGGAAUUCAGAGGCUGAUUGACAUCUUCAUUGCCAAUUUAGCUGCCUCUGACUUUGUCUUCCUUAUUACACUGCCGCUCUGGGUAGACAAGGAGAAGUCAGGGGGCAACUGGAGGUCAGGCUCCUUUCUCUGCAAGGGAAGUUCCUAUGUUAUUUCGGUCAACAUGUAUUGCAGUACCCUGCUCCUCACUUGCAUGAGCACUGACCGGUACCUGGCCAUCAUGCACCCCUCUGUUGCCAGAAAAGUGAGAACAAGAUUCAAUUCCAUUGGAAUGUGCAUCUGCAUCUGGGUGCUAUCUGGCUUCCUGGGGCUGCCAACACUCCUGACUAGACAACUGGUGCUAGAUGAAGACACUGGCCAGUCUUAUUGCACAGACAGCGAGCAGAUGCCCAUGAAGUGGAUCACAUCACUGAUAAUUUUGAUUCUGGCCUUCUUUUUCCCCUUGCUGUGCAUCUUGACCUUCUACUGCUCUGUGACAAGGAAGCUCUGCAUGCAUUAUCAGAAAUCUGGAAAACACAACAGGAAGCUAAGGAAAUCCAUCAAGACUGUCUUCAUUGUAGUGGCUGCCUUUGUUGUCUCCUGGAUCCCUUUCAACCUUUUCAAGCUGCUAGCCAACAUCUCUCGGCUCCAGCACCCAAACCCGCUAUUCUGUUUUCCUUACAAGGUUGCCCAGAUCGGUAUGCAGGUGAGCGGCCCCUUAGCCUUUGCCAACAGCUGUGCCAACCCUUUCAUCUACUACUUCUUUGACUGCUAUAUGCGUAGAGCUAUGACAAGGUGCAUAUAUUCACAAGUGAAAGCUCACAGUGUCAGGAGCAGUUCUGACACUAUGGACACUAGGCUAAGCUAUUCCUUAUCCUAUUUUAUUUAUGGGGAGGAUGCUACCAGGAAGAGGAGACGAUCUAUGUCCUUCUGACAAGAAACAGAAACUCUGGAGGGUGGCACUUACCUCACUCACCACCUGUGAGGUAAGGUCAAAAGAAAAUAAGCAAAGAGGGGAAAAAGGUGUGAGAGAGAAAAGGACAGAGAACAUAACUGGGAAGCAUAACUGGCUGCACGUUUAAUUAGAGAACAUAUACUUUCCUGCAGUAAACUAUACAACAUGCUUAUCUUGAAUGUAACACUGUAACUACAGGUUCCUGCAAAUUAUUGUCAUUACCAAGACUAAAUCCAAAACUAGCAGAGAGGAAUAUACAUAAUGUCUGAAUCAAAAUCCCAGUGCUCAGUACAAAAUGCCUACAAGGAUAGAUCAAAUCACUAGAUUACAAUCUCUCACUCUCUUGUCACAUUGGUAAAAGCUUUGAGUUGAAACAUGUAGGUUG